AUGAGAGCGGGACAAACCCCUCUCCACCAGCAACCCGUCACUCACAUGCGAUUGCAGCAACAGAUCUUAGGAAGAUGUCCUUUUGGCUUCGCUGGGUUCAACUGCAGUGAUCCAUAUCUUUUGGUGGUGAUCGUGGUGUCCACUGUGUUGGGUGCAUUGCUUAUCAUCUUUAUUGUGGCCCUGAUAGUUGUAAGCUUCAGGAAUCAGAAGGAAGACUCCUCAUCUGAGGUAGACUUUAGCUCAAGCUAUGGAAAUAAGGAAUUGCAUAAACCUACAGGAAUUCCCAGGAUCCCUCGGGCCAACCCUGAUGAUGGCUGGAAGUCUAACAAUCUGGAGAUGACCAAUAGUGGAAAAAAUCAGGCACUGGUUGUCAGAGAUCGGCCAGAAAGCAAAGCGCGCUACACUGAUUUCGAUGAGGACAUGAGCUAUAGGGGUCCCUCAGCGUACUCGGUCUACAGUGGGAGAGGAGUGGACAACGGUGGUGUCCACAACCCAUCCUUUCGACAAGAUGAUGACAGAAUGCGCAGAUACUAAGUGCUUAGAAAAGCGAUGAAUGAAUGAAUGAAUUAAAAUAUAGUUAACACCAAUUAACCAGGGCACUUAGAUGAUUUUUCGG